UGUACACAUAUAUGCAUAAAUGACUGAUCCAGGAAGUAAUAACUGGUAAACCUGCGGUCAUAGGAGUAUAAUAUCCAAAUGACGAUUUUGGAAAAGGCGGACUCGCUUGAUGGGGGUGGCGAUACACACGACUGUGGUCAUGAUCAUGGCACUGGACAACAGAACGUUGACCAUAUGAAAUACGAGAGAUACCGCCUAGAAACUUUCGAUAGAUGGCCACAGUCUGCCAACGUAGAUAAGAACCAAUUAGCAGCUAAUGGUUUUUAUUACAUUGGUGAUGGCAGUGAUGACAGGGUUCAGUGCGACUUUUGCAAAAUAAUCCUUAAGAAAUGGGAACCAGAAGAUGAUAUCCAGGAGGAACAUAGAAAACAUGGUCCGCAAUGUCCUUAUGUAAACGAUCCUUUACAUGCGGGCAAUUUUCCACUUCGGUUUAGAAGGUUAGAUAGUGUCAAUCGUCACCACCAUGGUCCUUGCCAUAGAGAGUAUAGAGAAAGGGAAAUAAGAUUUCAGUCUUUUUACAACUGGCCUCACCCAGAUAAGAGACCAACACCGGGUGAACUGGCAGAUGCUGGGUUUUUCUACCUCGGUCAAGGCGAUGCUGUCAAAUGUUUCUAUUGUGGAGGAAUGUUGAGGCACUGGGAAGAAACAGAUGAAGUAUGGACAGAACAUAUGAAAUGGUUUCCUCUUUGUCUGUUUGUCGUAGAACACGACCCCUCAUGCCACGAAAAUAUUGGGCGCCAUCUUCAGAGAACCAUUAGUGGAAUUGCCUUGUCAAACGGCUAUUCUGAUGAGGAGAUAAAUGAGUACAGACAACACAUUGAUGACAAUCAAAUUGCACACCCAGAGGAGUACAGAGAAUUUGUAAAUCAACUUGACCAGUUUAGGCAAAGGCAAGCUCCUAUAUCUGUCCCUGCUGUAGCAAGUAACGUUAGUGUUGCAGAAACAAAUGAAGUAAAUCCACAACAUGCAGCUGGUAGAAACGAUGUGGGGGAUCAGAACGAACGUUAUUUGUGUAAAGUUUGUUAUAAAAAUGCGCUAGAGGUUAUUUUUUAUCCAUGUAAACAUGUAUGUUGUUGUAAGGAGUGUGGUGAUAAGUUAUCUAACUGUCCUGUAUGCAGAGAAGUCAUCAGGGGGAAACUGCAGCUUUUCUUUCCAUAGAAUUGUUAUAUAUUUCUAAUAUACAUAUAGUCUAUACGUACUGUUUUAUUAAUUGGAGUAACGUGCAGCUUUAGUAUACCUCAUUUUAGCGUUAAAUUCAGGUCCUCUGCAUGGUUGUGAGAAAAUAGACUGUGUGAUUAACACUAUAUUUAUAACAUUUUAAUUAACUGUUGUGUGUAUUUCUUUAGACUCUGCAUGUUUUAAUUAGUUAAUACCAUUUAUAUUCAUUCGUUGGCUAAAUCUUAUUAUAAGCAAAAGGAUUUAUAAUUAACAUUACAUGUAUAUACAGAAUUAUUUUGUUUUUAAAUAUGUACUACUUUUA